GUGCCAGAUGUUCGUGAGCGCCGGCUGGAAGGAUGAAGGACCGGCUGGAAGAGCUGCAGAACAGAGUCAGCCAGGAUGACUCCCUGGACUACGACGACACGAUGGCCUUCGAUAACCCGGCCUUCCAGGACGGUGAGGCCAAUGAGAUGGACUUGUUCUUCCAGGAGGUGGCCGCCCUCUCCCUGGCGCUGCAGAGCCUGAAGAAGAAGGCGGAGGACAUUGAGAAGAAGCAGGCGGAGGUCCUCUGCAGCACCACCGGGGGGAACAUCGCCGACGGCAAAAAGGAACUCAACAAGAUGAAGGAGCGGCUGACCUCCGACACCAAAAUAAUCCAGCUGCAGCUGAACCGGAUCAAAGCCUCCCUGACCCGGGACAACCAGAACUGGAUGGCGGAGCACCGGAUCCGGCAGAAUCAGUUCACCGUACUGACCAACCGGUUCCGGGAGAUCGUGACCCAGCAUUACAUCAACGAGACCAAGUACGUGGGGAAGCUGAAGGAGCAGAUCGUGAGGCAGGCCGAGCUGGCCGGCCUGGACCUCCCGGAGGACGAAAUCGACCGGCUGAUCGGCAGCGCCACGGCGCCCCAGAUCGUCGGCCACGACCUGGAGAUCCUGAAGGCCAAGCAGCACCUGGCCAUGGCGCAGGAGAGACACAAGCAGCUCCUGGACCUGGAGGCCCAGAUCACCGAGCUGCACUCCCUCUUCGUCCAGCUGGACCUCCUGGUGUCCGAGCACGCCCUGACCACGCCAACUGCCCUGACCACCACGAACACGCCGACCACCCCAAACAUCCGAACACGCCAACCACCCUGA